CUCUGUCCAUAUAAUUUUCCAGGCAAGAAUCCUGGAGUGGGUUGCCAUUUCCUCAUCCAGGGGAUCUUCCUGACCCAGGGACCGAACCCACCUCUUUUUGGCGUCUCCUGCAUAAGCAGGUAGAUUCUUUAACACAAGCGCCACCCGAGAAGCCAUUGCAGCGUCAAACGAUUUUAAACGAAAUGAUUUAAGCAAAAGUCAAAAUCAACACACACAAAAUGAUGGGAAAAUGCUCAUUUUAAAGACAGGAUAACGAUCCCUUGAGGAGCCAUAUUAGAGCUGGAGGCAAAAGGAAAAAUUAGGAGUACUGAUGUGGCUAUUUCGUCCAAUUUGGAUUUUUCAUUACGUUUGAUUUCCUUAAACGACGUGUUAAAAUAUCAUUUAUCUUGAUUACUGAGGGUUUUGAUGCCCCCCCUAAAUUUUGAGCCCGAGGCCAAGUAAAUGCCUCAUUUUCUCACCCCAACCCUGUUCCUGCUAAUAAUAAAGACUGCCCGUAGGAGGACAGGUUGAGUCAGACACGAAAGGACACGGGUCAGCGGUGACAGCUGCCCUGGGAGGGCGGUCAGGCGUGGUUGUCCCGAUUCUGUGGGCGCGCGCCUCGGACAGUACCGAGCCCAAACCAGGCGGCAGUGGGGCCUCUGCGCGAGAGUGUGGCGCCUUUGCACAGUCGCGCCGUCCACACGAGAGUCAAGGUCGCGGGCUACAGAGCAGUUAGGGUCCGCUGGGCGUCGCUGCGAGCUAAUCCCGUGGGCCGCGCACCUCUUCUCCCGCCGCCAGCCAGCGCACUAUCACAGCGGGCGACCCCGUUCCCGCCUUCCUGCCCGAAGCCCGGCCAAUCACGGCGCCGCCCCUGUGCACGCUGACCAAUGGGAGCGCCCCACCAGGCGGCGGGCUGGAGCCGCCGGCCGUUACCCGACGGGCCCCGCGGCUGCACGCGGAGCGCCACUUGCUCUGAAGAGUCGGCGCUCGCGACUGGAGGCUUCACGAGUGGCGGCGGCAACAGCGCGGUUCUGAGAAUAUACAUCCUUGAGUGAUGCAGGCCACUGCAGUGGUUGAGACAGCUUCUAAUAAAGGCUACAACAAUAAUGGAAGAAACAUUCAGAAAGAUGAGCCUUCUCAUCAUAAGAAAGAAAAUUUGUUAUCUCCUAAUGGUUGUAAAGAAGCCAAAUUGACUUUUCUUAAUAAUUACUACGAUUCCUUGGCAUUAGAAAAAAGAGCUAAUGAUAAAGAAAUCAGCAAUAUUGACAAAAUAGAUUUAUUGGAGCCAUCUUUUACCAUGAGUCCAGAUACUAACAUAGAGAGUGCUCACUCUCAGUCAAGUGAAUUUGAAGAUAGUAUUGACUAUGCUUUCCUGAAUGAAACCUACACUAUACAUUAUUCAGAGUCAAAGCUAAAGAGUGAAAGUCUUAUUCAUUUAAAUUCAGAGUUAGAUUCUGAAAUGCAGAAAAGAGAAGAGGUGUUUUUUGAUAUUUUGGAACAUCAAGGUGAUAAGACUACUGACUUGGAAAGAAUCUACAAGAUUUCAUGUGAUGAUUAUAAAAAAACUGCUGAAGAUGUGCAAAAGCCUGAUAUAGAUGAAGACUCACAGCAGGAAUAUCACAGUGCAGAAGAACAAGAGUGUAUAAAUAACCAUUUAUCAUUUGACCAGGCAAAAACAUUAGACGUACCUAAUCUGGAAGUUUUGGGAUUAAGAAAUUCAGGCUGUGACGUUAAAUGUGCUAGCAAUCUAGAAGACAGUCAUGUUAAAUUGGAAAGUAAUUCCAGCAUCUCUUUAGAUUCAGUUGAUGUUUAUGGACAAGAAGAUUCACCUAGUGUCUCCAAAUUUCAGAAUUCUGUUAUGUUAAGAGCAUUUCAUGAACCUAAAUAUGAAAAGUGUAAGGAACAAGGGACUAGUUUAAUGCUUCACACAGUAUUGGAUGAAAUUGUACUCAGGAGUAGUCAUCUUGAACACAAGGAAUCUCAAUCUAAGGGUUUCCUAAACCCUCAAAAAGCAUUAAAAACUAAAAUUUAUACUCGCAAAGUGAACCCUCAAUUAACUGAAAGUAAAGAUUCUAUUGGUAAUGUAAUUGUUGAGGACAAAAUGUUACAGCACCUUGAUAAUCCAGGCACAUUGCCUCAGGACAAAGAUUUAGAGACAUUACUCCAGCCUUGUAAAGAUUGUCAGACUUCCUCUGUUUUUGAUGAUUCAGUAAUUUCUGCCUGUGGGUAUUCACAUUAUGAAAGCCUACAAAGCACCCCUAACCCAGCCUUAGAUGUUUCUAUUACUCUACCAAGGUCUGCAAUCAGAGGUAGUCAGGCAGUAGAAGAAAGUGGCUCCCUAGAAGCUGCUAAUGGCAAUACCAUCAGUAAAGCACACUUUCACAAUAUGGAAGGACCGUGUCCCAAAUCACAGACAGAUGCAGCAGGUUGUACAGUCACAGUUGAUCAGACGGUGGAUGUCAGCACUGACUUCAGGGCUUGUUUCACAGCAAGCAGGGCGACAAGUGCAAGAUCGUUUGCAGUAUCCACAUCAAGCAACACAGAGAUAACAAUGAUGAAUAAAAAAUGGCCUAGUGAAUGGCAAAGUGAGAAACAAAGAAGUGUGGCUUGUAACACAGAUUGGUCAUACAUUCAGGAUACUGAAGAUCCACAGAUGGCUAUGACAAAAGGGCCCGCAGGGAAAUCUCUCUCUGUUGACAAUUUAAAACCUAAUGGAAAUGUCCUAAAUAAGGAUUCCCUGGAGUUAAAAACAUUUGAGUUCACAGACUUAAAGAAACAUUCUGAAAGGGAAUCUCAGCUUCCUGAAGAGGUAGAGAAGAACUUGCCAUCAAAGUGCUGUCAGCAGAUAAUGCAGAGAGCCAUGCAGGCCGAGUCGCACCUUUUAGACGUUCACUAUCAGCUGUGCCAUCGCCGCUGCAGCGACGUUUACAGACUUGUGACGGAAGGUGGGGAAGGACUAAACAGGAAUGUAUCAAGUAAUUCUACUAGGAAGGAAUUAGGAUCAGCACUGCUGUCGGUUUUAGGAGACUUGAAAGUUAGAUACAUGAAUUUGAAAGAGAAGAUAAACAAGGGUAUACCACUGGAAGAACUGCCUCCCUUGUCAAUAGAAUCAAGAUUAUUAUCUGCCUUCUCUACUUUUGCUUCCAGGCUGAUGAAAGAAGAGUCACAUAUCUUUUCAGGAGCAGAUUCUGAACUAGAUAAUCAAAGUACACGUGUUGUUGGUUCUUCCAGCCUAAAGAAGACACUCUCUCAAACAUCUCUGUUACUUGACAAUGGUCAUCCUAAACAAGAUAAAUCACCCAAAGAGGGUGGUUUAAAAAAUGGUGAUAUAGAUGUAGACUUGAGUCAACUAAAACUUGAUGAUAAAGACUGCAAAAAUUACCGAGAAGUAAGUGAAGACUGGUUUGAUGCUAAAGAGAACCUGACUGGAGCAGACUUCUCAGGAAUGCAAGAAAAUCAGAUAGAACAAGACAAAGGGGACCCGAAGUUUACACUCGAAAUAAAGAAUGUGGAACCCUUACGAAAAGAUAAAGGUUACUUGAUGCAUGUUGGUGGCCUCUGCCCUUCAGUGUCUGAGGCUGAUUUAAGGUCUUACUUCCAGAAAUACGAAAUUUCUGACAUUUCAAUUUAUGAUUCUUCUCCUAAUUACAGAUAUGCAUCUCUUGCUUUUAAAAAAAACAGUGAUGCAAAGAUGGCUGUGAAAGAAAUGAAUGGCAUAGAAAUAAAAGGGAAAUCAGUAAAUGUGCGGCUUGUCAAAACUCCUGGAGAAUAUACACCACUUUCCUCCAAAAAUGGAAAUAAAGUUAGUUUCAGUAAUUUGGAAAAAAGCACCAGCAAAGAAAUCAGCUCACCAUCCUCUGUUUCUAGACUGCCUAGAACUCGGCCGAGACAGCCAGGGUCUGAGCAAGACAGUGAGUUCUUCCCUUUUGACCAAAAGGGUGUAAAGAAGAAUUGUAAACAGAUUGAGUCUACUAAAUUAUUACCUGAUACACCUAUUCAAUUCAUACCUCCGAAAACAUUGAACCUGCGUAGUUUUACCAAGAUCAUAAAGAGACUGGCUGAACUACAUCCAGAAGUUAGCAGAGAUCACAUUAUAGAUGCUCUUCAGGAAGUAAGAGUAAAUCAUAAAGGUUUUCUGAAUGGCUUAUCUAUUAAUACUAUUGUGGAAAUGACUUCCUCUGUUUUGGAAAACUCUGCUUCCAGUUAGGAAUAAAAGAAGCAAUAAGAGAAUUUCCUUGGAAAGCAUGAGUUCCUUUCUACAGAGAAUGUUCUCCAGCACUUACAAAAAAAUUGUGGUAACAGCAAAACAAUAUAAUUAAAUAGGCUCGAUAAAUGGGGUUAGCUGUUUAUAAUAUUCUACUUUAUAUAGCCAUCUCUUAAAAUCUAGCAACUGUUGUUUCGACAAUAUAAAGAUCUCUAUAAAUUAAAAGAUACUUUUUAAUGUUUAUAGACUUUGUAUUUCAAACUUGUCAUUUAGAGACUUGAAGCUGCAUGUUUUGGAGCAGAGACAAAAAUGGUGUCAAUUUCAAAAAUCUGUGUUAAGUCAGUUUUAAAAAUACUGACCAAUAGAAAGUAUGGUUUUAUAUGUGAAAAAUAUAAUUUACCUGAAUUUAGUUUCAGUUUUCAGUUAUCUUAAGACUCUUAUAUUGGACCAUAGCAUAACAGAUUAACUGGAUCUACAGAUACACAUUUUGCAAUGUGUAUGUUUUUAAGUUUCCAAAAUAAUUACUGUUGUGAUGCAUUAAUAGGUUUAGAUGUAUGUUCCCUGUUUUCACUAGGAACAGUGCACCCAUUUGUGCUCUGGUAAACUGUUUACUUAAAUGUAAAAUGGUCACUGUAUUGAUUAUGUUCAUUUUGUAAGAAGUUCUAUUAGGUUAGAGUGUACAUUGGAACACUUUUCAAGACCUAUUCUUUGGCUUUAUCUGAUAACAAAUUCCUUUAAUUGCUUACUUUUAAAGGUAACGUUGUUUAAAGUUAGAGUCUUACUAAUAGUAAGAUGAACACUUAAAUAUGCAUUUUCUUCAAAUGUUUAAAAUGUUUAUAGCAGUCAAUAUGUAGCUGGUAUUGCUUGAUUAAAAGUUACUUAUUUAACAUUUACAUUUGGUGUAUUAUAUUUAGUAAAGGUAGAAUCUAUAGUAAACUUUAAUACUUUCUGCAUGUUUGAUGGCAUUCCAAGUGUAAAUUAACCUACCAGUGUUUAUAUGAAAUAUACAUGGACAGUAAGACUACA